AUGAGGUUAUCCAAGGGCCUUUUCACCCUUCUGGGUGGGUUUGUCGCCCUAAAGGGUGUUGUUGCGAUCGAUGUCGAUCCGGAGGAUGAGGAUUCGCUCAAAAGCGCGGCGAAGACCGUCGCAACCUCGAUGAUGGACUUUUAUAACGAUCGCGACUCGAAGAAUAUUCCUGGUAAAUUAGACGGGACAUGGUGGGAAGGUGGAUCAAUGUUCAUGACCCUGAUCCAAUACUGGCACUUGACGGGCGACGAUCAGUUCAACGAAGCCAUUCAGGACGGCAUGUAUUGGCAAAAAGGCGACGACGACAACUAUUUCCCAAGCAACUCCUCCUCAUAUCUCGGAAACGAUGAUCAAAUGUUCUGGGGUCUGGCGGCUAUAACUGCGGCGGAAUUGAAUUUCCCCGAGCGCGAAGACGAGCCUUCCUGGGUUACACUGGCUCAAGGUGUUUUUGAUGCGCAGGUUGCUCGCUGGGACAUGACAAGUUGCAACGGAGGUUUGCGAUGGCAGAUCUGGCCCUAUCAGGGCGGUUACGGAAUCAAGAAUGCGAUCUCGAACGGAGGAUUGUUCCAGCUUGCCGCUCGGCUGGCUUUGUAUUCGAAGAAUGAAACAUUCGGCAUCUGGGCUGAGAAGAUUUGGGACUGGAGUCAGACGACUCCGCUGCUCAGAAAGAAUUGGAAUAUUGCCGAUACAACCAACGUCGAUGCCAAGUGCAAGGACCACGGUGACUUCCAGUGGACUUACAACUACGCUACUUAUAUCGCUGGUGCCGGAUAUAUGCACAACUACACCAACGGUAACUCAAGCAAAUGGCUAAAUGGCAUCUCUGGAAUGCUCAAAGUCUCCAACCAAUUUUUCCCUCCCAGCGGAGGCAACGAAGUUCUGUCAGAUAUUACAUGCGAACCAAUUCAUAAGUGCGAUCGCAACCAGAUCACCUUCAAGGCAUACUUCGCAUCAUGGCUCGGGUUCAUGUCCACGAUCGUCCCAAGCAACGCCACGGACGAGGUCAUGGGCAAAUUCAAAGCUUCUGCUGUUGCUGCUGGUCAGCAAUGCUCGGGCGGAGAUGAUGGCAAACAUUGCGGAAUCCGAUGGACCAAGAAGGCGGCUUGGGAUGGAACCACAGGUCUGGAGCAGGAAAUGGCUGUUCUGGGUGUUUUGAAUGCUGUCAUGGUUCCAUUCAAGGCACAGGCUCCUUAUAACAGUGACAAUGGUGGUAAAUCUGAAGCGGAGCCGACUAGCGACAAAGAUUCGAAUCCAAAGACUAGAAGGAUCACGACGGGUGAUCGGGCAGGCGCCGGAAUUUUGACUGUUGUUUUUGUUGGGACUUGGGUAGGAGGUCUCACAUGGGCAAUUUGGGGCUGA